AACAGCAUCUGCAUGGACAUCACACACACACACACAUUGCACACAGACAAGCGAUGAGAUGAGCAAUAUGUUCGUGACCGAACGUUUGUUGAUGAUGAUUGCGGCGUGCGUGUGUAUGCUGAUCAGCUGCUGUUGCUGUUUUUCUCUCUCGAGUCCAUCGCCGUCGACACGACGUCAACAUCAACGUGAACCAUCGCGACGCUCUGUGCGCUGGUGUGCCUGUCAUGAUCAUUACGCCUCUCAUCACGUGCUAGACACAACACUCUCACAACAACAUAUAUGUUCAUGUAACGUGGGCCCAAAUCCGCUGGGGAAUCCCCGACACCAACACCAACGCCCUCCCCCCAUCCUUCCUUGUCCGCCCAGCUGCAAUCCUACGUGCCUGCCCCUGAAGAUCGCAAGAAGGAAUAUUGGUAUGUGACGAUGGGAGAGAGCAAGCAAUAGGUCGCUGUGUCCCGAUCCGGCAAUCCCACUUCCUACUCUCCCACGCGAACACCUCGAAGACCCCAAACAAAAGAUGGUGCUGUAGUCAUCAUCAAUUGCCGUCAACCGAAACCAUCGAGA